GGCGGUGACGCGCUGUGCCCGCGACCCUCCCCGGAACGGGCGGGCGGCGCGCGCUGAGCGCGUCACCGGGGGAGGCGGCGGCGGCGGCUGGACGGGCCCGGGGCGCCGCCAUGGAGAGCGCGAGCCAGGAUAUCAACCUUAACUCUCCCAACAAAGGUCUGCUGGCGGAUGCCAUGACAGAUGUUCCCGUGGAUAACGCGGCCCGGGGCGCUGCGCCCGAGGGAUUGACUCUGGCCGAGGAGGAGGAGCUGAGAGCCGAGCUCGCCAAGGUUGAAGAAGAAAUUGGUACUCUCAGACAAGUUCUGGCUGCCAAAGAGAGGCACUGUGGAGAGCUGAAGAGGAAGCUGGGUCUGACUCCCUUGGAUGGGCUGAAGCAAAACCUGUCCAAAAGCUGGCACGAUGUCCAGGUCUCCAACGCUUAUGUGAAAACAUCUGAGAAACUUGGAGAGUGGAAUGACAAAGUGACACAGUCUGACUUAUAUCUUUCAGCCAGCAGCACACUGGAGGACUGGAAUGAAAAAUUAACUCAAUCAGAAGCUUAUAAGAAGACCCAGGAAACCCUUUCCCAGGCAGGACAGAAGACUUCAGCAGCCCUUUCCAAUGUAGGUUCUGUUAUCAGCAGGAAGCUUGGUGACAUGAGGAAUUCUGCAACCUUCAAGUCCUUUGAAGAUAGAGUUGGGACCAUAAAGUCCCGAGUGGUGGGCAGCAGGGAAAACAGCACUGACGGCCUCCACUCCCCCUCUGGAGCUGGGGACAAGCCUCCACAUGACAACGCUCCCUUCUAGGCCUGGAUGUGGCUUUGCACAGCUGUGCACAACUGGAAGAGCCCCCUCCCUCCCAAACCUUCACCACAGCAACAACUUGCGAAUCCAAGAAGGGGCUGAGAGCCAGUCUGGAGAGAUCCAUCCUUCAUUCAUAGACACUGCUGCUGGAUCCAAGUCAAAUAAAGAGAAUGCAAAGUUUUGUACACAAAUAAUAUUUUACACUAAAGUUUGUAGAUUAAAUGUAUCACUGCUGUCCUUUUGGGAGAGCGUGUAAGCUGGAGUUUCCUUAAAGUAGCUCAGAAAUGCCACUGCUGUAGAUGCAAACAGUUUUCCCUUGUCUUACAUGGCUUGGAGCAGACGCAUGGCCCUGAGCAGCAUGAGGAGGGCAGUAACUGGAGAAGCCAAGUUGCAUGGGCACCUUAGCUUCAGCUUCUGGCUCCGUUCUCUGUGUGGGCUACUCUGGGAGCUCCCAGGCUUCUCCUGUUACUGUUUUCUCUGGCUCUCAUCGGAGCUGUUGGGUAGUGGGGUAAACAGUUGAGGUUUUUUCUGGGCUCCUAAAAGGUAAACUUCACUUAGCAGCUGCCUCGUUGUUACACUAAUGCUCUAGCUUUAACGAAACUAAGAAUCUUUAUUUUUAAAUGCAAUGAACUUUAAAGAAAUAAAGCAUAAAAACAAACAAAAAAAAAAAGCUUUUGCAUAUUAGGGCAAUGCUCCCUUGGACUCUGAAGCUGAACUGCAAGCCUUACAUCACUUAUGCUUUACUUGUUUAUGAUUUAUUUUCUGUAGAGGAGACUGCAAGGGUUCUAAAGCUGGUUGUUGAGCACUGGAGUUUUGCAUCAUGCAGUCAUAGCAGCAUGUUUAUAAAGCCAGUCCUUGUGUUAAAUUCAGUGGUGCACUCUGUUUCCCGAGUGUAUGAAACUUGCUUCUCCCUUCUCAGCUUAUCCCUUCAUUCUUGGAGGAGGAAUUUCUGAAGGCUGGAAUAUGGAUACCAUUGGAGGGACUCUGCUCUGCUCUCUGAGGGCUCCUCCAGCUGGUACAUCUGGCUGUGACUGGAUGGGUUUCUCAGUUGAAAGCCCCAGCUCUAAUUUUAGUUUACAAAACUGGCAGAGAGUCAUGGAGCUCACCCAGUCCCUCCAGGGGCUGGAUGUUUUGCUCUUUUGAUGUCCAACUUCAUUGCUCAGGAGCUGACAAAUUCCAAGUUUUCUCCUAGAGGCCUGAACUUAUUCUAGGCAAGGUGCCUCCACGUAGAAAUACCUAGAGUGAGCAAUUCUGUGCCUUAGAGGCGAAGUGGGACUUACUCAGGUCUUUAAACUUAUGUACAUAUCUGGGUAGUUUUAGUGGUUAAUCACCCCGGAGGGACUGAACUGCCUCUGACCCUUUAGAGAAGCAAGUUUUGACACUGAUUUGAUAAAUUUCCAUUUCCCCACCCCUGCUCCCCUCCCUCUGCAGACCUGGGGAUGUGGGAUGAGAUGUUAGUGGGCAGAUGUACUAGGCCAUAGUGGAGUGUAGAGUGUCGUUCACGAGCACUCCUCGUUUGACUGGAACUGUGAGGAACAGAGCCAGUGAAAUGAGGACUGCAGGAGCUUGGGUAUGGAACUGUUUCUCUUUAAGAUAAAGACUGAGGAAAUGUGUCAAUAAAGAAUUCCUUUGGGA